ACCAAUUCCAUUCCUUUCCCCUCCCACAAUAUAACUCUGCUUCCCCUUCCACUUCCCUCCUCGCCCUGCCUUUUCUUCUUGCCUCACCAGGGGGUCGAGGUCGAGCAGUUUGCACUUUGCAGCUAGAAAUUACCCACCUAUCAGAUGCUCGAUUCCUUACCUAUGGACGAAGACGACCGGCCGCUCAUCGGGUUCCCUCUGGGUUUGGCUCUGCUCCUGCUCACUCUGUUUUCCAUGAGCGCCGUCUUCAUCUGCUGCCUCCACUGGGACAGGCUCCGUUCCUUUUGGGACGUUCCCGAUGAUGAUGGGAUCCAUCGAGAAACCGAUCAUUUACCUCCUCAUAAAUCUUCGCCUCUUCAACUGAAAGCGAGCAAGAAUCGAGGGGAGAGCCUGCCGGUGUUGAUGCCAGGAGAGCAAGUGCCGAGAUUCAUAGCCAUGGCCUGCCCCUGCCAGCCGCCGCUUCUGGAGACGGUUAAAGUGGACGUUCAGAAGCCGAUCAGCACUUUUCCCGUCCCUCCUCUGUUUUAGUAUCUUUGUUGAUUGAUAUGGGUUUCUUUGUAUAAAUCCCGAGUGUUACCAACAACAUGUAAGUGUAUAACUAUCUAUAUGUACAUAAAUAUAUUGAUUUUUGGCAUUCAAUUUUAUUCUCA